CCCAAUAUGGCCGCGCUCAUGGGUUCGUUAAGAAGUAAAGGUAUUCAUUUUUCCAAACGAAUAUCGUCGUCAAAGGCCAGGUGGUCUGAAAAACUGAAAGGCGGUUAUCUGGAGAGAAUUAUAAAUUACUGCAAGGUCAUAGGUGAGGAUUAUGCAUCCGUCGGCAGGGAUGUGAUAGUGGACUCAAAAGCACAACCUAUAAAGGCGGCGUUCUAUUUCUCUGCAAUUGGACUGGGAGUCUACGCAAUCAGGACAAAUCCUACGCGCCACGACUUCCGCAUCUCACUUCUAACCAGUGUCAACGACAAUGGACUCGUGAGCGACAAUGCACGUAACCCGCAAGCCGCCACACACGUGCGCCAACUGGUGGCGUGUGAGAACGAGGGCCUGAUUCGGCACGUUGACCUCGGACUGAUGUCGUUGAUGUGGGUCGACAACUACGAUGAGGCCUGUAAAUUGUAUGAGGCACGCUGUCCGUCGUUAAAGCCGCGCUGGCUGACGUUUAACACAAGGAUCGUAGAUAUUGGCUGUUUUGGACACUGGUUCUUGAUGGAGCGCGCGAUGAAAGAGUAUGACGUUAACCCAGACGAAUUCCCCGAUAAAGAUUGAGGGUUAUUCAACUUAUUCUGUCAAGAUAGACCUGUACUUUUACCUUUACUUUAUGUCAUUUGUAGCCGAAUGGCAUGUGUCGAUCCUAAUGAAUUUCUCUGUGAAAAGUUGUUUUACUGGUUCUGGUAUUAAUGUUUACUGAUAGCUUAUUUGCUGCUCUAAAGUGCUUUUGAGUACGAAUACAGCCUGACUUUGCAUAUGAUGUCUACACCUAAACACAGCAGCCGCAGUAUAUAUAUAUUUUCGCCUGGUUUCACCAACAACCUAGAAAUGUCAGCAGGUUAUAAAGAAUGUGGUCAUUCCAUUGCUAGGUGCAUUGUAAAUGUACAAUUGCAAUUUAUUAACAUAAUGUGCUGCAAUCUCAGGGCGCACGUUUCUUGCUCAGACUUAUGACAAAAAUUACAGCAUAUAAAUAACACAGUCAGUGCAGAAUAUUAUAAUGGUUGCUUUUAUGCCGAUAGUAACAAGACUCAUAUUAUUCAACAAGUCAACAGAUAUCAUGGUUGCUAUGCUAUGUGCCUUCUUUGUAUUGGAUGUACAGGUACUCAUGGUGAGUCAUUGGUGACUGUUAGGGAAAAGGUUUGAUGAUAUUACAUGUUUCAAAAUUA